UAUCAUUUUGGAACCCCACUUCCAUUAUCUUGAGAAACAAGGAAUACCAAACCCACGGCAUUUAUAAAGUAGCACUUCCUCUAGAAGUAGAACUCCAUAAAGAAGAAAAGUAAGAACAAAGAGACAAAGAGCAAAGAAAACACAGCAAAAAAAUAAAAUAAAAUGAAGUUGAUUUGGUGCCCUGAAACAGCCUCAAAAUCUUACAUUGAUACUGUUAAAUCGACUAAUCCAUGGGAAUCGAGACCAUGCGGAGGUAGUUGUCGCUCAAGAAACUGCAAAUGAUCUUGAGGAGAGCAACCCCGCGGUCCCAUCUAUACGAGGCGAUUGUAUUCGAUUUUUAGUACUUCUUUUUUUCUGUCUUUGAAUUUGAAUCUCAUUGAAGUUUUUUUGAUUUUGUGCAGUGUGAAAAUAUUCAAGAAUCAAGUGUAGCAGAGCUAAUAUCAGGCAUGGCAGGUGGAUGGAAACCACAAUUCAUCGUAGAAACAUGGUGUCAUGGUGGUGUCAUUUCAACGAGCGUCGGUUUAUCGAUAGCCAGUCUUCACACAGAUGCACGACACGUCUGUAUUGUACCAGAUGAAUUAUCCAGAUCGGAGUAUACAGAAGCCAUGCAAAAGGUAUUAGGUGUGUCCUUGUCGUCAUUGCCGGAGAUUAUUGUCGGAGAACCAGAAGAAGUGAUGAAUGGAUUAGUAGGUGUAGAUUUCAUGGUGGUUGACUGUAGGCGCAAUGACUUUUACAAGACACUAAAGUUCGCUAAAUUGAGCCAAAGAGGUGCAGUUCUAAUCUGUAAGAAUGUAAAUUCAAGAAGUACUUUCGGAGUAUUCAGAUGGAAAAAUGUUCUUAACGGUGGUUCGCGGGUGGUUCGCACGGCCUAUUUGCCUAUGGGAAAAGGAGUCGAUAUUGCACAUGUAGCGGCAAGUACUAAUUCUAAUUCAUCGAUGAAAUCAAGUGCUAGCCGGUGGAUCAGACAUAUCGAUCAUCAAUCCGGCGAGGAAUACAUCAUCCGGCGAUAAUGUUCUUGGGUUUUACCAAUUUUUAUUUGUUUUUUCAUCGUUGUAUAUUAAAAAGAAAAAAAGAGGUUGUUUUUUUAGUCAUCGUUUAUCACAGUUGUGAUAGUCUUUUGAUUUUGACACAGGAUUUGCGACUCAAAACAAAGAAAAAAAAUGAAAAAUGAAAGAAAAGAAAAGAAAAACGAUGGAUGAUGUCCGUUUAUGUAAAUUUUGAUGCCGAUUAACUGGAUUGAUGACGAAUGGUUCUGUAAUUAUCUUUUUCAAGAAAUAAAUAUAUCUUGUCAUUGAACUUAA